AUGUCACGAACCACUCUGGUACACCUGAUGCAGGCGAAAGGACUUUUCGUUUUCAGGUGGAGGGUGCAGGGUGGACAUUCGUCACGCCACCAGUUCAACGACCUGAAACUCGCCAAAGGGCUGGAGACGAUCAAAGGCCUUGACCCUGGGUCAUCUUGGCGGGUACAAAUCACGUUUUCGAGAUUGUCAUCCCAGCAGCUGAAGACUGGGUACGGCCCAAAGUCGGCGGGUGGAGAAGGCCUCGCUCUGUGUGGUGGAGGACUCGUAAGUGUCCACUUUUUCCGAGCCACCGCCACGGGGUGGGUUUUGCUCCUUCGUCUCUUCGUUUCGGUCUUUCCAGAACCCCAGAUGGAGGGGGGAGGGAAGAAAGACGGUGGAGCCCGUGGGUGGAAAGCACAGGCAGAAAGCUCCCUGGACAGCCGAUCUCUUGCGAUCCUUCCUUGA